AUGACUACAUACAGAGUUCAGAAUGUACCUGGAUUAUAUCUGACUACAUACAGAGAUGGGCAUGUCCCUGGAUUAUAUCUGACUACAUACAGAGAUGGGCAUGUCCCUGGAUUAUAUCUGACUACAUACAGAGAUGGACAUGUCCCUGGAUUAUAUCUGACUACAUACAGAGAUGGGAAUGUACCUGGAUUAUAUCUGACUACAUACAGAGAUGGGAAUGUACCUGGAUUAUAUCUGACUACAUACAGAGAUGGGCAUGUCCCUGGAUUAUAUCUGACUACAUACAGAGAUGGGAAUGUACCUGGAUUAUAUCUGACUACAUACAGAGAUGGGAAUGUACCUGGAUUAUAUCUGACUACAUACAGAGAUGGACAUGUCCCUGGAUUAUAUCUGACUACAUACAGAGAUGGGAAUGUACCUGGAUUAUAUCUGACUACAUACAGAGAUGGACAUGUCCCUGGAUUAUAUCUGACUACAUACAGAGAUGGGAAUGUACCUGGAUUAUAUCUGACUACAUACAGAGAUGGGAAUGUACCUGGAUUAUAUGUGGCUACACACAGAGUUCGGAAUGUACCUGGAUUAUAUGUGACUACAUACAGAGUUCGGAAUGUACCAGAAUUAUAUCUGAUUUCAUGCAGAGAUGGGCAUAUUUCUUAA